AACGUCACAGCCCGAGCUUUCCUUUUCGGGAGUCCCCGGCACACAUCCUGUGUCCAUGUUUGGGCAUUUACGUCACGGCGGCAGGGCCGGGGCCUCCCGAAAUGGCAGUGGCCCGGGGAGUCGGAAGCCCGGAGCCAGCGCCGCCGCAGCUAUAUAAGUGGGGGGGCUGUGGGUUGGGGGAGCCCGACCGCGCUUUGGAGAUCCGAGGAGCCACCGCCCGAGGCAGGUGCCAGGAAGCCAGGGCGCCGCGGCUCCCUGACCCGUUUCCCAGAGGUGAGCUCCCAGAGCCAGGAGCCCGGGUGCUUGGGAGUGCGCGCCGUGGGGCGUCCCGACCGCCCGCCUCCCCGCUAACCGCGCGCCCCCAAGCCCAGCGGGCGAGGCCUCGGUCGUCCCGCAGCCGCCGCCGCCGCGCCAUGCUUCACCUUAGCGAGUUUUCCGGCCCCGACGCGCUCCUGAAGUCCACCGAAAGCUGUAGCUCGGAACCCAGCGCUGAACUGUCUCGGCUGCCGGCCAGGGAAGCUUCCGCGGCCGCAAGCUACCCCGGAGCAGGCGACUUCCUGAACUGGGCCUUGAGCAGCUGCAGCGCCAGCGCCGGGGGGGACCUAGCCGACUCCUGCUUCCUGGAGGGCCCUGCGCCCACGCCCCCUCCUGGGCUAAGCUACAGCGGUAGCUUCUUCAUUCAGGCAGUACCCGAACAUCCGCACGACCCAGAGGCACUCUUCAGUCUCAUGUCGGGCAUCCUAGGCCUAGCACCUUUCCCCAGCCCCGAGGCUACAUCUCGGUCUCCCGUGGAGGCCCCUUUUCCCGCGGGCACCGACGCCUUGCUGUCGGGUCCACCGGAUCUUUACUCCCCGGAUCUGGGCGCGGCCGCCUUCUCCGAGGCGUUCUGGGAGGCCUCGCCUUCCACGGGUGCCCCCUCACAGUGCCUGUACGAACCUCAGCUCUCCCCGCCCGACGUCAAGCCGGGCCUCAGGGCACCUCCAGCCUCACCAGCGCUGGACGCAGUCUCGGCCUUCAAGGGUCCCUACGCACCCUGGGAGCUGCUUUCUGGAGGGGCCCCAGGAAACUGUGGGUCACAAGGAGGCUACCAGGCCGUUCCCGAAGCCCGUUUCCCCUCAAUAGGGACCAAAAUUGAGGACUUGCUGUCCAUCAGCUGCCCCGCGGAGCUGCCGGCCGGCCCAGCCAACAGACUCUACCCCACCGGAGUCUAUGACGCUUUUUCACUGGGUCACUUGGGGGAAGCAGCCGAGGGCCUCCCGGGGCUGCUCACCCCUCCUAGUGGGGAGGGAGGAGGGAAUAUCGGCGACGGCGGGGAGUUCCUGGCCGGUACGCAGCCUCAGCUUUCCCCGCUGGGCCUUCGCAGCGCCCCCACGGCAGACUUCCCAAAACCUCUGGUGGGCGACAUCCCUGCGAGCAGUGGUGCAGCUGCGCCUGCCGUGCCGCCGCCACCCGUCCCUUACCCCCCGACCAAAGCGCGGCGCAAAGGGCGCCGGGGCGGCAAGUGCAGCGCACGCUGCUUCUGCCCACGGCCGCACGCCAAGGCCUUCGCUUGCCCGGUGGAGAGCUGUGUGCGCAGCUUUGCGCGUUCCGACGAGCUCAACCGCCACCUGCGCAUCCACACCGGCCACAAACCCUUCCAGUGCCGUAUCUGCCUCCGCAACUUCAGCCGCAGCGACCACCUCACCACGCACGUGCGCACCCACACGGGCGAGAAGCCAUUUGCCUGCGACGUGUGCGGCCGGCGCUUCGCGCGCAGCGACGAGAAGAAACGGCACAGCAAGGUACACCUCAAGCAGAAGGCGCGCGCCGAGGAGCGGCUCAAGGGCCUUGGCUUUUACCCACUGGGCCUCUCCUUCGGCACCCUGUGAGCAAGCAGAGAAUGGGUUUGUAGGGGGAGGCGCCGCCACUCAGCGCUCACUGCGAGGUCCGGCCGGGUUUCCCUCCCCGCUCUUCAUCCUCGACGUCUUCCACGUUCGGGGCCUGUCUCCACUCCUGCUUCCAGCUCCCUUGACGCCAGCGCCCACAGCACACGCCCCGUUCAGCACCAGCUCUGUGGACAGCUCCCGAGGUCCAGGCGCUGUAGUCCCCAGUCAGCCAUGCUUUGGGGAAAGUACUCCAUGCCAAGCCACCGAAAAGGUACUUCCUUGAAUCACAAGGCAGCCCUUUGUAACUGGCGCACGCCCUGCGGCCUCCUGCACCCCUCCCCUUCCCCAGGGACAGGCUGGGGCAGCGCCGAGCUGGUCUCGCGCGGGACUUUGUACAGCAAUGUCAUUUCCAGCAGCCUUUGGGUGUUACUUUUUUUGUUGUUGCUUUGGGGUAGUUUUCCUUUCUGUUGUUAAUUUUUGUAAAGCAGACGCUACUGAAGCAGUUGACAAAACUGUUUAUUUUUGCAAUUAAAAUGAUUGUGCUAAAAGCUUACUGGAUCUGUCGUAUAAG